CCACCCUUCUUCCGGUAGGAGCCGGAAGCUAUCCUUCGCUUGUUUACAUUCUCCGAGGGGUCUAGCUAACUGGCGAGCAAAACCCCUAGCAGCUUUUCCAAAACAAUGGGUAACAGGUGAUUGGGCUUGUGUGUUUAGAGCAGUUUUCAGCUGUAGUUUCGCUCUGUGGUUCCUCGGGACAUGGCUACAGCUCGCUACUGGUGCUUUCUCCGCGUAACGCUACCGCUCCUCUUGCUGCGGUGGCAGGGGCUGCUGGUCGCGGCGGAGCAGGUCGCUGUGGUGGAGGUGUUCCUGGAGCAGCGGCCCGGUGUCAGCGCAGUGCUGCAGGGGGAGGUGGUGGAGUCCAGCAAGGGCAGCAAGAGCUCCGAGCACCGGGACGAGGACCAAGAGGAGCUGGAGGGAGAGUUGGUACUGGUUCAGGAUGAGGAGACACAGGUGAGAGGAGAGAAAAGUCAGGGCGACACCAAAGAGCAGGAGCUGUGGAUCGGGGUGGUGCCUGUCGAGAUGGAUGACAGCAAAGCCACAACCGGCAAUCAGGAGUCCUUUGCCGAUGCAGUGGUCAAUAAAAUGAAGCGAGCACUGGUCCUCGGAGCAUCUGCGCUCAUCAUCUUGGCUCUCAACCAAAACACCGUCAGUGAGAUGGAUCUGUCUCAGGUGCUCUCAAAGCCCAUCAUUGUGAUCCAGACGUCUGAAAAUGUCACCAAGCUGAUCGGAGCUCUGCUCAGGGGUCUUCAAGCGACAGCAAAAAUCACAUACAGGACGAUCCUGCAGGACAACCUGGGUGCCACGCUCACGCUGUGGUCCAGCUGCGGUCGAUCGAGAGGAGGUCGCUACGGCGAGUGGCAGGGGGUCAUCUGCACGGGAGAGACCAACUCUCAGGUCCAGAAGUACCUGCAGCAGCUGUGGGACACCGUCCUCCUGGUGGCUCUCAUCCUCAGCACUGGAGUCAUCGUUCAGGCUCGCUGGCAGUACCAGGGCCACCAGCUGAAUGACGACAUGGAGCUCCUACCUAAACAGGAUGUCCUCAAGAGAAUGUCGUCCCUCAAGACCAAAACAUAUCGUCAGCCCAAACCGUGGUGUGACCCGUCCCAACAGGUCGAGACAGACAACUGUGCUGUCUGUCUGGAGCCCUUCAACAACAACCAGUGUCUGCGGGUGCUGCCGUGUCAUCACGAGUACCACAGGGAUUGCGUCGACCCAUGGCUGCUGCUACAGCACACCUGUCCCCUGUGCAAACGCAGCAUCCUCAGCAGCGUCUGCAGGGACAGUUAACGAUCACCUCACCUCCGCUGCUGCCACCAUCGCAGCAGUCCUGGGAAUCAAGUCUCUUCUCUUCCUCGGUGACACUCCGGUUGCCGUUUUUUUCCCCCCACUGACCUCAAGCUCCCUCCUUCCCGAGGUGGAUCGUGGGAGCAAAUACAAACAUUUUACAGCAACUAGCUGUCCGUCUGGACUGUGGAGCAGUCCAUUUUUGACGUCUGACCCUCGGGUGAGCGCAGUGGGUCUCACAGACAUGCAGUUGUAGUUUAAAGUACUUUACCGGUACUGUUGUGUGUGAACAGUACUUCUUCCUGGGAUCAUGUUACUGUACAAUUGUUGAAAUAUGUGUUUGUAUGUGUGAUGUACACAAGUGACGAUUUGGCUCGUGAGGGAGUUCGUGCUCAACGUGACUCUUCACAUAAACACCUUCUGCUCUGUGUUGGUGCAAACAGCAGAAGAACAAUACAGAGAGAAUCUGCGAGUCAGUAGUAGCUGCAUGGACAUUCAGUGCUUUAUGGUUUUUAGCAUGGAGUCCAAAUGAUGUCAGUAACUCACUUAUUAAGUGGACUAACAAGAGUUUAAACGUGACAGAUUUCAUCUAUUGUCCAAACGUCUACUUUGCUCUUACGUGUUAGUAGUAGAGGUUCUGUAGUUGUACUUCAGUAGUUCCUGUGCUACAGUCGGUAGCAGACGUUGAAAAGGUGUUUGCACUUGUCCUUUACAUGCCUUAUGACUUCACUGCAGAGUGAGAGAAACCCAAACCACAAACACGCUUCCUGAAUUAUGCUUUAAAACUUGAACCGUGUAUGUUACAGUAGGUCAUUUAGUUGCACCGUUUUAAAAGAUAACCGAUAGGAGAUGUUAGACAGGUAGGUUGGUAGACAUUUUGUAGAAGCCCGCUCAGCUGUUACUUGUCAUUUUCCAUUUUCAUUGUGAAGAGGUCAAAAUCAGUUCUGCCCAAAUGUAGGUUCUGACAUCAAACUCAAACAGACAUAACUAUCUUAACAGAAGUUCAUCUCAUACAUUAUGUUAAAAGCAUGUCAUUACUCCUACCACGUAUAGCUGCACAGUUAAAUCCUAAUGAAUGCUUUACGGUAUUGUACUUGAACACAACAUCUUGAAUCUGCUGCAGCUAGGGUCUAACUUCAGUGUUAUUUAAAAGAUUAGUUCCACACUUUUGGUAAUGUUUAUCUACCUUGUUGAGAGUUAGAUUACAACACUCUUUUCUGUAAAUAUGGAGUUGUAGCUGGUGCUUCUCAGUGUAGCGUUGCAUAAAGACUGAAAACAGGCAGAAACAGCAAGCCUGCCAGCACCUCUAAAGCUCACAGAUUACUGUGUUGUAAUUUGUUUGUUUCAUUUGUACUAAUACCAAAGUGUAACACUGACAAGUUGUGGCUUUAAUGGGGCUAUGUGCUGAUCUAUUUCUUGACUAACUUCCUGAAGUCUCCACUGGUACAGACAUGAGUAGUGAUAAUAAUCUUCUCACCUAACUUGUCAAGGAAAAAAAAACAUGAUUCUCAAAAUGUUAAACCAUCUCGUAAAGA